CUCUGGAAACACCCCCACCCUUCUAGCCAGUCAAUUCAUACACACCCCUUGGGCUCCUCCUUGAUUCAAAUGUUAGGUCAAGAGGAAGAAGAAAAACAAAUUCAAGAGCUGCUCUUAAGCGUCUAGAAUUUCUAUGUCCCACCUCUCAACAGGAGAGACUGGACCCAGAUUUGACUUAAUCCACUACAUGCUAAAAACUGUCCUCUUAAAGUACCAGCGUCCCUUGAACCUUUUGAUACAAUUGGAAGAAGAGUCCAUGGUACUGUAGCCUCUGCUCAAGGCAGGGAUCUGAAAACCAGCAGUAAAAACGGAAAGAUGGCGAGCACGAGGCCCAGCACUCAAGAAGACCCUGAAAUUGAGCUUUUCGUGAAGGCUGGAGGUGAUGGAGAGAGCAUCGGGAACUGUCCCUUUUGCCAGCGCCUUUUCAUGAUCCUCUGGCUUAAAGGAGUUAAGUUUAAUGUGACUACUGUUGACAUGACCAGAAAGCCUGAAGAGCUGAAGGACUUGGCCCCAGGUACCAAUCCUCCCUUCUUGCUGUAUAACAAGGAACUGAAAACUGACUUCAUUAAAAUUGAGGAGUUUCUAGAGCAGACACUAGCUCCUCCAAGGUAUCCUCACCUGAGUCCCAGGUACAAGGAGUCCUUUGAUGCAGGCUGUAACCUCUUUGCCAAGUUUUCUGCAUACAUUAAGAACACACAAAAAGAAGCAAAUAAGAAUUUUGAAAAAAAUCUCCUCAAAGAAUUUAAGCGUUUGGAUGACUACUUAAACACCCCACUUCUGGAUGAAAUUGAUCCAGACAGUGCUGAGGAACUCACAAUUUCCCGAAGAUUGUUCUUGGAUGGAGAUCAGCUAACACUGGCUGACUGCAGCUUGCUGCCCAAGCUGAACAUUAUUAAGGUUGCUGCCAAGAAAUAUCGUGACUUUGACAUUCCAGAAGAAUUCUCAGGAGUCUGGCGCUAUCUGCACAAUGCCUAUGCCCGUGAAGAAUUUAUUCAUACAUGCCCUGAAGACAAAGAAAUUGAAAACACUUAUGCAAGUGUGGCUAAACAGAAUUAGGACAGCUCUUUCAGGAGAAAAAGCUCUUUUUGUUAUCAGAUUUUAUUAUCUACCAUAUUAGAAAGAUUUUUGGAAAUAAGAAUAUGAAAAAUAUUAUUCCCUCUAUCCAACUCAUUUAUGAAAAGUAACUUUAUUUUCUGUAUCUAGUUAGCCAUAAACUGUCCACUGUAUAUUUUAUAUAACUUCAUGUUUUCACUUCAUUUUCUUUGUUUCUGUGGCAAAUCAUUGUGAUCUUCAAGGACAUGGAAAGCAUUGAGAUGUUUUGCCCUUUGCUUGAGUUCCUAGAGUGCAUAAUGUAUGAGCUAAGCAGGUUUCUGAAAUUACAAAUGACAUAAGUAGAACCACAAUCUCAAAUUGCUCCUUAGAAACAAUUCCAUCUAAAUCAUUAAAAUAAUUUUACAUUUGUUACUUUA